GCAACUCGAACGUGGCUGCUGGGCUCUCGAUCUUCACGCGUCAUUUUGCGAAGGUGGGUACGAAGUCUCCCCCACAUAUUUUUCCUCCCGUACCUCCCCCGCUAUAUAUAUUCGUGUAUAUCAUCUGCCUUUUCCGCAAGCCAGAAUUGACCCUGUUUUCAUCUGAGCAGGUAACAGAGACCCUUCUCCUCAUACUUCUGUGAGGAAGAAGAGGCGGGGAGGAAAAAUAAGAAAAGGUGGUUUUUUGGGGGAAGAAGAAAGCUAAGAUCAUUACGUUUUUCUCUCUGUUAUCUUCCUCUUUCUCGUUUCGUUCGUUUGAGGAUUUGAAACUAUGGGGACCGAGGUUUUACGGCCUCAAGACUGUUUGUUUGGACGGGUCAGAGACCCUCAUCCGGUGGCUUUUCAUCGCCGGAGAAGUAAUUAUGGAAAUUUUAACCCGAGUUAUGUAUUUAAUCCUAGAUCUACCCGAAAACCGGCUGUCCGGUUCGAGAAAACGGACCAGAAAAAAGGGUCCGGUUCGAGCCAGUCGGAGCUGUCGGUCUCGAAGAGAUCGGGAUCCUCCGACGACUUGAAGACGGGGAGAAGGAGUCUCUCAAUGGAGAAGGUGACGAUUUUGAGGAGAGGCGAGUCGCUGGACUCGAAUAUCAAGAGCCAGGCGCUGAGGAAGGAAGGUGACGGUCUGGUUGUUAUGGGGACGCAGAGGCUGGGUCCGGACCCUAGAAUGGUGCCGAAGCAGAUCCGGAUCGUGGAUCCGAGGUCUCCGCCGAUGAACGGGAAGUGUGACAUGUACGCGGGGUCGGCUUUCGCGACGUCUCCGGCGCCGAGCUCGCUGCCGCUUCCAUCGUUCUCGAAAAAGAAACAGGUUUCAGCCAUCGUCGAUGACUCGGCCACCAGAGAUCUGAGGCGGUUGCUUAGGCUCGAUUUGUGAGUUCCAUUUCCAAGCAGGUGAAGAACCUGGUUUCCGGAUCCGGAGACCAUUUGAAUCCGGAAGAAAACUCUCUCUCUCUCUCUCCCUCUCUCAUCUCUCUAAAAUCUUCCCUGUGUUGCGCCUUUCGCCUACGUUACUUUAAUCUCGAGUUUUCAGGAUCUGAACCGGCCGUGAUUUUUUUAAACGGUGGUUGAUCCAAAACUCGGGAGGACUACGGAGGCGAAUUAGAUAAUAUUUGCUCUUGUUGUACCUUGGCUUCUGUAAUUGUUGGGUGUUGUUUAUGGGUAGUUUUAGUAUUGUAAUCUGUAAUGGAAAAUGGAAAAUAAAUCUUAUAAAAAAAAAAAAAAAAUAGUGGGGUGGGGAAGAUAACUUGUAAUAUGUGGGCUCUGUAGUGUGUUCUGAAUCUGUGAGGACUUUUGUUUCCCUGUUGUACUGUAAAAUACUAUAAGCAUAAGGGAUAACUUUUUUCUUUUUUUUUUAUAUGAAGCAGAAGGGAUAACUUAACAAAGCAAGAUGCUUAGUUCUCUUC